UCAAGUUUUGACAAAGGAUUGUCGUUGCCUCAUCAACAAAACCAUUUCCCUCUAUAGAGUAUAAAUUUGUACAAUACAAAUUUAUAAUUAAAGUUUAGACGCGGAGUUAGUUAUAAAUUUAUAUAACAAACAUUAUACACAAAUAGAAGGCAAACAUUCAAGAAGUUGCACCGCUAUAAAUCAAGAUGAGUGAGGAAGAUACAAAAAGAAAGAAGAGAAUCGUUCUAAUAUGCACCUCAAGCUUUUUACUAGUGGCUAUGGUGGUUGCUGUGACCAUUGGUGUUAAUAAUAAUGAAGUUAUCACGGAUAGCAGUCGUAUGGCUUCAACCCAGAAAGCCGUGAAAACCUUUUGUAGUCCGACAAGUUUUAAAAAAGACUGCGAGGAAAGUCUAUUGUCAGAAGUAGGCAGCACGACAGACUCAAGAGAGCUCAUGAAAUUCGCUUUCAAUAUCACCGUUGCGAAGAUCAGUAAAGGACUCCAGAAAACACAUCUCUUGCAGCAGGUUGAGAAAGAACCUAGGGCGAGUAUGGCACUUAGCACAUGCAAGAAGUUAAUGAAUCUUUCUAUCGGAGAAUUCCACAGGUCACUUGACGGAAUAGCAAGUUUUAAUCUCAACAAUCUAGAAAGCAUUCUUGUGAGUUUAAGAGUUUGGUUAACAGGUGCAAUGACAUAUCAAGAAACAUGUUUAGAUGGUUUUGCAAACAUCACCAGUGAAUCUGGUACCAAGAUGAAACACAUUUUAAAAUAUUCGAGGCGUAUGAGUAGUAAUGCACUUGAUGUCGUUACGGAUUUGCAAAACGCAGUGAAGGAUAUUAAUGCAACAAGAGAUGACCGUCGUCUUAUGGAUGAUUAUAAAGGUUCUUUUGUUGGCGAACAAGUUGGUGCUCAUGAUGAUGUGAAUGAGGUUCCUUCUUGGGUAGGUGAUGGUUCGAGUGCUGGUGUUCGAAGACUCCUUCAAGUGGCUCAAAAUAAACUCAAGGCUAAUGUCAUUGUGGCUCAAGAUGGUAGUGGACAGUUUAGGACUAUCAAUGAAGCUUUGAAGCUUGUGCCAAUCAAUGGCCAAAAACCUUUUGUUAUUUAUAUCAAGCAAGGUAUUUAUCAUGAGUAUGUUGACAUUACCAUAGUAAUGACUAAUGUUGUGAUGGUUGGUGAUGGUGAUAGGAAAACAAUAAUUACUGGCAACAAAAACAUGGUAGAUGGAAUUGCAACUUAUAUAACCCCCACUCUCGCUGUUGGGGCAGAUUAUUUUAUUGCGAUGAGCAUAGGAGUUGAGAAUUCAGCAGGACCCCAAAAGGGACAAGCUGUAGCCUUAAGAGUCCAAGGCGACAAGACAAUUUUUUACCAAUGUACAAUAGACGGAUAUCAAGACACACUAUAUGCACACACUAUGCGUCAAUUUUAUCGCGAUUGUACGGUUUCAGGCACGAUUGACUUUGUGUUUGGCAACGCGCAAGCCGUUUUCCAGAACUGCACAUUUGUAAUUAGAAAACCAUUAGAUAACCAACAAUGCAUUAUAGUUGCACAAGGCAGAGCAGAGGAAAACCAACCAUCAGGAUUUGUAAUUCAAAAUAGCCGCAUUGUUGCUGAUCAUCCGGAAGCUCCAGUGACCUUCAAAGCUUAUAUCGGUCGUCCGUGGAAGCACUACGCGAGGACUAUUGUCAUGGAUACUUACAUAGAUUCGGUGAUUCAGCCUGACGGGUUUAUGCCAUGGGAAGAACCGGAUAAAACACUUACUGGCAUGGACACUUGUUUUUAUGCUGAGGUUAAUAAUACUGGUCCUGGUUCUGAUAAAUCAAAGCGCGUAAAAUGGCUUGGGGUUAAGAACCUUACACCAGAAUCUGCACAUAUUUUCUAUCCAUCUUUGUUCUUUCAGGGAGAUGAAUGGAUUAGGAGCACUAGAAUUCCUUACACUUCUGGCGAGACACCACUCCCAACUCUAAAGUUGGCACCAACCCCAACUCCAAAGCCGUCUGGUGAGGCACCAACCCCAUCUCCAAAGCCGUCUGGCGAGACACCACUCCCAACUCCAAAGCCGUUUGGAGAGACACCACUCCCAACUCCAAAGCCGUUUGGAGAGACACCACUCCCAACACCAAAGCCGCUUGGAGAGACACCACUCCCAACUCCAAAGCCGCUUGGCGAGACACCACUCCCAACUCCAAAGCUGGCACCAACCCCAAAGUCGGCACCAAAGCUCUAAGUUAAGGUUUUUCAGACGUGCAAAGGUCAAUAUUUGUAUAUAUAGUUUUCAUAUUUACUAGAUUACAUACAUAGUAUGAAAUUGCUACAUUUCAUGUUAGAGAUGAUUAUGUGCAAUUAUCUUCAUACUGAAUACAUAAAUUCAAUGAUAAUUUCCCAGCCUGCCCCAAUCAUGUUACAAGCACACUUUUGUAGUGCAUUUAACCUAGUUGAGUAAUAUAGGGGGGAAAUUAAGAAAUUAUCAAUUCAUAAUUGAUGUAAAUUUUGACAUUUUAUUUUCG